AUGCCCCGCAUCAUCGUCCCUAUCGACUCGGGAUGGUCUUUCAAGGCCGUCGGCGAGGAUGACAGCCAUCGGCUUCCUGUUAACCAAUUUCCGACAAACAUCCACCUUGAUUUGCUCGCACACAAAAAGAUACCGAAUCCGUCCGUUGGAAAAAAUGAGCUGCUCGUGCAGUGGGUGGGUGAGCGCCAGUGGGUUUACAGAACCACGUUUCUGACCCCUCAUACGACAGACAAUCCAACAGAGAAAACCGUCCUAGCUUUCGAUGGCCUUGAUACCUUUGCCACCGUUGUACUAAACGGAAAGACCAUAUUAGAGAGCGACAACAUGUUCUUGCCGCAUCGUGUCGAUGUCACUGCCGAGAUUACAUCUGCUGGUGGCAGCAAUGAGCUCACCAUCACAUUUGACAACGCAUCACUUCGUGGCUGGAAGCGCAUAGAUGAGCACCCACACCAUAAAUGGGGCUGCUGGAAUGGGGACAAUUCGCGACUCGCCGUGCGGAAAGCCCAAUACCAUUGGGGGUGGGACUGGGGACCAACCUUGUUGACAUGUGGACCGUGGCGACCAAUCUACUUGGAAGUUUACGAGUCUCGUAUCUCGGACUUGUCCUUUCGUACCGAAGUCGACAAAAGUCUGAAGGUAGCCACGGUCACCACUCAAGCUGAGAUCGAGGCGGGACCCAAUGUCCCAGAGGCAGUGCGGUUCGAUGUCACCCUCGGUGACUCCUUGGUGGCGUCAGAGACCAUUUUGGUUGACUCUGCACUAAAAAUUGCUUCAGCCAGCUUUAGAAUCAACAACCCAGCAUUGUGGUAUCCGGUGCGAUACGGCCAGCAGCCAUUGUAUACGGUUAAAGCGACACUGCUGGCAAGAACAGAUAAGCAGCUGAAGGAUGUCGACACAACUACAAAGAAGAUCGGUCUCCGACGUGCAGAACUGGUACAACAGCCGCUGCAUGGACAAACCGGCACAAGCUUUUUCUUCAGGAUCAACAACAUCUCAAUCUUCUGUGGAGGCAGCAACUGGAUCCCUGCGGACAAUUUUCUGCCCCGGGUCACGCCCCAGCGCUAUCAUGACUGGGUUAAGCUCGUGGCUGAUGGCAACCAGUUUAUGAUCCGCGUAUGGGGCGGUGGCAUCUACGAACAACAGGCGUUUUAUGAUACUUGCGAUGAGCUUGGGGUCCUUGUGUGGCAGGACUUUAUGUUCGGCUGUGGAAACUACCCUGCCUGGCCGGCUUUCUGUGAUUCGAUUCGCCGCGAGGCUGAAGCUAACGUGCGCUUGUUGCGCCACCAUCCGAGCAUCGUCAUCUGGGCUGGCAAUAACGAAGACUACCAGUACCAGGAGAGCGAGGGUCUCACAUACGACUACGCUAACAAGGACGCCGAGAGCUGGCUGCAAACCGAUUUUCCCGCACGAUACAUUUACGAAAAGAUACUCGCAGAUGUGUGCGCGGCACUCAUCCCGGACACGUAUUACCACUUCGGCAGUCCUUGGGGUGGUGGGGUGGAUACACAUGACCCAACAGUGGGCGACAUCCAUCAGUGGAACGUGUGGCAUGGAACGCAAGAAAAGUACCAGGACUUUGACAAACUGGUUGGACGUUUCGUGUCGGAGUUUGGCAUGGAGGCGUUUCCCAGUGUGCGUACAAUUGACGCAUUUCUGCCACAGGGCCGCAACGACCCAGACCGGUAUGCGCAAAGCUCGACCAUUGACUUCCAUAACAAGGCUGCCGGACACGAGCGGCGUAUUGCGCUGUACCUGGUGGAGAACCUGCGGUAUGCUCCGGACCCGCUAGAGCAGUUUGUGUACUGCACGCAACUGAUGCAAGCGGAGUGCUUGGCUUCGGCAUAUCGGCUGUGGAAGCGGCAGUGGAAAGGACCGGGCCAGGAGUACUGUGGCGGGGCAUUGGUGUGGCAGAUCAACGACUGCUGGCCAGUGACCAGCUGGAGCAUCUGCGACUACUACCUGCGGCCAAAGCAUGCAUACUACGCCGUCAAGCGCGAGAUGGCGCCGGUCAGCGUGGGCAUGGCGCGGCGGGAGCACGUCCACAUGGGCGGCCGCCAUUCGCGAAUUGAGACUAGAAGGGAGACGAAGAUAGAGAUCUGGGGAUCCAACCUGGCGCUCGAAGAUCUCACAGUCGACUGCAUUAUGCGUGCAUGGGACGUGGAAACGGGCGAACAGACAUACGAGCAUGUCGUUGCCCACGGCAUCACCUUGCUGAAGAACCGAUCGAUAGAAAUUGCAGAACUGGACGUGCCCGUGAGGAAGGCCGGCGACGAAACACGCACCGUCGUUGCAGCAUACCUGGUGACAGCGGGGAUGGAAGGAGCAGACGGACGGCAGCUGGCCCGGUAUGUCAACUGGCCAGAACCACUGAAGUACCUUCAUCUGGCGAGGCCGCAGCAAUUGGUGGUAAAACUUGCCGAAUGCGGCACUUCCGUCGCUCUUAGUGCGGAAGUGCCGGUCAAGGGACUGGUGGUAGAGGGGCCAGACAAAGAAGCAGACGACGUGGUUUUUGAUGACAACCUGGUGGACGUGGUGCCGGGCGAGACCGUGCAUAUCGGUGUCCACGGGGCCAGGCGGGAUAUGCUAUUCCGUGCGAGAUAUCUGGGCAUGACAGCAUGA